AUGGAGGCCCUGCAGAGGCAGCAGGCAGCCCGACUGGCCCAAGGGGUGGGGCCAUUGGCCCCUCAACGCCCAUUGCCACCACCACUACCUCCCUUGCCUGGCCCUCGGACCCUGCAGGCCCCUGAAGGGGCCUUGGGGGAGGUUGGGACUGAAGAAGAGAAGGAUGCGGAAGAGGAUGAGGAAGGGGAGGAAGCCGGGGCAGAGGAGGAGGCAGCCGAGGAGAGCCGUCCAGGGACCCGGGGCCCCAGCUCACCUUCAAGUCAACCCCCUGGACCUCAUCCCCAUGAAUGGACCUACGAGGAACAGUUCAAGCAGCUGUACGAGCUUGAUGCAGACCCCAAGAGGAAGGAAUUUCUGGAUGACCUGUUUAGCUUCAUGCAGAAGAGGGCAACCCCUCGACUGGCACUGCCUGUGGGCCUGGCUUUGGGACCUGCAAGGGAGAAGUUGGCACCAGAGGAGCCCCCAGAGAAGAGGGCUGUGCUGAUGGGGCACAUGGACCCACCUCGACCUGGAGCUCCCCCUAGUUUCCUGCCCCGUGGCAAGGUUCCCCUGAGGGAAGAGCGGCUGGAUGGGCCUCUCAAUCUGGCAGGCAGUGGUAUCAGCAGUAUCAACAUGGCCCUAGAGAUCAACGGGGUGGUCUACACUGGUGUCCUCUUUGCUCGCCGACAGCCUGUGCCAGCUUCCCAGGGCCCAACCAACCCUGUACCCCCACUCCCUACAGGGCCACCUUCCAGCACUUCACCCUGA